GACCGCAGCGAGGCCGCCGCCGCCGCCAUGGAAGCGCUGGGACCCGGGCCCCCGGCAAGCCUUUUCCAGCCACCCCGUCGCCCAGGCCUGGGAACUGUUGGGAAACCCAUCCGCCUCCUAGCCAAUCAUUUUCAGGUUCAGAUCCCUAAGAUUGAUGUUUAUCACUAUGAUGUAGAUAUCAAACCAGAAAAACGCCCCCGAAGAGUGAACAGAGAGGUGGUGGAUACUAUGGUGAGACACUUCAAGAUGCAAAUAUUUGGUGAUCGGCAGCCUGGAUACGAUGGGAAACGGAACAUGUAUACUGCACACCCAUUACCUAUUGGCCGGGACAGAGUGGAUAUGGAGGUGACACUUCCAGGAGAGGGGAAGGACCAGACAUUUAAAGUGUCCAUUCAGUGGGUGUCAGUCGUCAGCCUUCAGUUGCUGCUGGAAGCUCUGGCAGGGCACUUGAAUGAAGUUCCUGAAGAUUCUGUACAGGCGCUUGACGUAAUCACACGGCACCUUCCCUCCAUGAGGUACACUCCUGUGGGUCGCUCCUUUUUCUCCCCCCCUGAAGGUUAUUACCACCCUCUGGGUGGUGGCAGGGAGGUCUGGUUUGGUUUCCACCAGUCGGUCAGGCCUGCCAUGUGGAACAUGAUGCUCAACAUUGAUGUGUCAGCAACUGCUUUCUAUCGUGCCCAGCCUAUCAUUGAGUUCAUGUGCGAGGUCUUGGACAUUCAGAACAUCAAUGAACAAACCAAGCCUCUCACGGACUCCCAGCGUGUCAAGUUUACCAAAGAAAUCAGAGGUCUGAAAGUAGAGGUUACCCAUUGUGGCCAGAUGAAGAGAAAAUACCGAGUUUGCAAUGUUACUCGGCGACCAGCCAGUCAUCAGACGUUUCCUCUGCAGCUGGAAAAUGGGCAGGCUAUGGAGUGUACAGUAGCUCAGUAUUUUAAGCAGAAGUACAGUCUGCAGCUAAAAUAUCCUCACCUUCCCUGUCUCCAAGUAGGACAGGAACAGAAACACACAUACUUACCGCUUGAGGUGUGUAACAUAGUGGCAGGCCAGAGAUGUAUAAAGAAGCUAACGGACAAUCAGACGUCGACUAUGAUAAAAGCAACUGCAAGAUCUGCACCGGACCGACAGGAAGAAAUCAGCAGACUAGUGAAAAGUAACAGUAUGGUUGGUGGCCCUGAUCCAUACCUGAAGGAGUUUGGUAUUGUUGUCCAUAAUGAAAUGACGGAGUUGACAGGCAGAGUUUUGCCAGCACCAAUGCUGCAAUAUGGAGGCAGGAACAAGACUGUGGCCACACCAAACCAAGGUGUGUGGGACAUGAGAGGGAAACAGUUCUAUGCUGGCAUUGAGAUUAAAGUUUGGGCUGUUGCCUGUUUUGCUCCUCAAAAACAAUGCAGAGAAGACUUACUAAAGAGUUUCACAGACCAGCUGCGCAAGAUCUCGAAGGAUGCAGGGAUGCCAAUCCAAGGCCAGCCUUGUUUCUGCAAAUACGCCCAGGGUGCAGACAGCGUGGAGCCCAUGUUUAAACACUUAAAACUGACUUAUGUUGGUCUGCAGCUGAUUGUGGUGAUUCUGCCUGGAAAGACGCCCGUGUACGCUGAAGUAAAGCGGGUUGGUGACACUCUUCUAGGAAUGGCCACUCAGUGUGUUCAGGUAAAGAAUGUGGUAAAAACCUCACCACAAACGCUGUCCAACCUGUGUCUGAAGAUAAAUGCAAAGCUUGGAGGAAUCAACAAUGUGCUUGUACCUCAUCAAAGGCCAUCGGUGUUCCAGCAGCCAGUGAUCUUUUUGGGAGCAGAUGUCACUCACCCUCCUGCCGGGGAUGGAAAGAAGCCUUCCAUAGCUGCUGUGGUAGGCAGCAUGGAUGGCCAUCCUAGCCGUUACUGUGCUACGGUGCGCGUGCAGACCUCCCGCCAGGAGACCUCCCAGGAGCUGCUGUACAGUCAGGAGGUGAUACAGGACCUGACUAAUAUGGUGCGAGAACUAUUGAUCCAGUUUUACAAAUCCACUCGUUUCAAGCCCACAAGGAUCAUUUACUACAGAGGGGGAGUAUCAGAAGGACAGAUGAAGCAGGUAGCUUGGCCAGAACUGAUAGCCAUCCGGAAGGCCUGUAUUAGUCUGGAAGAAGAUUAUAGACCAGGAAUAACCUACAUUGUUGUGCAGAAAAGGCAUCACACCAGACUAUUCUGUGCUGACAAAACUGAAAGGGUGGGUAAGAGCGGCAACGUACCAGCAGGCACUACUGUGGACAGCACGAUCACACAUCCUUCUGAAUUUGACUUUUACCUCUGUAGCCAUGCAGGAAUUCAGGGAACCAGCCGGCCCUCCCACUACCAGGUCUUGUGGGACGACAACUGUUUUACCGCAGACGAACUGCAGCUGCUGACGUAUCAGCUGUGUCACACGUAUGUCCGGUGUACGCGAUCCGUCUCCAUUCCCGCUCCUGCAUACUAUGCCAGGCUGGUAGCGUUUAGGGCCAGGUACCAUCUUGUGGACAAGGAUCAUGACAGUGCUGAAGGCAGCCACGUGUCAGGACAGAGCAAUGGCCGCGAUCCUCAGGCUCUGGCAAAGGCAGUGCAGAUCCACCAUGAUACUCAGCAUACGAUGUAUUUUGCUUGAGAGCAUCUGGGAAGAUGAGGCAAAACCAACAACCCAUGCAGUCCUGAAAUGUUUUGAAUGCCUACUGCUAUAGCUAGGGCCCAGUUUAUUUCAGACUGCCCACUACCAGCAGCUCUGAACAGUCGCACUGAAUCUGUACUUCACAGCAAUGUCUGAUGCACCAACACAAUUGAGCCAUUUGUUUCAUUGUUUUAUGUAAUAGAAAUUCAUAGACUGUCUUUUCUGAUGCAUUGGACUGAAUUUUUACCUCAAAGCGCAAAAGGCCGAUCAUCCUGAAAUUUUUAAAGGACUUGGCACGAAAGGUUUCUAUUGAAUAUUUUGCUAGCUAUCGUUUUUAAGUUAUCUUCUCAUCCCAUUAGUUUAUCAUGACGACUGAUCCCCUGUCUUCAUGCACUGCUUAGUGAGUAUGCAUAUUAUGGCAAAAUGUUUUACUCCAGUUAAAUGUAAUUGUUCUAUUGUGUGGGGCCAUAGAUUUUUUUAACGGAGAUUUUAGACUUCACUACUGUAAAUGCCUUUUAACAAACAUAACUUUCACAGGUAUUGCAGUUUUUUGUCAGUUUUACUAAUUAUCUUUUUAAUCUCUGCAGACUUCGGCUGCAAAGCAAUUGCACUAUACUGCGAGUUCAAAUAGGUGGUUCUUGUUCUGUGAAUGUGUAAUAUAACCAGAUAGUGAUGCCUGUCAGUAGAUUUUAAUUAUAAUGGUUACAAAUAAUACUGCCAUGGUAUCGUAACAAGUACUGAACCAUCAUUUCCCCCUCUAAAAAUGAUAAAAACAACAAAAAAAAAAAUUAGCUUUUAGGUAUUUUGCAAACUUUUACAAAAGUGCCCACUUUAUGCUGCUGUGUGGUUUGAUAAAUCUAAGUGAUUUUAAAACUUUUUUCUCAUAGAAGGUUUAACUUUGGCAAUAAAUAUUUGUUUUUUAAGCCCCCCAACAGUGUAAUUUUCUAGCUGAGGAUUGUGCAUGAGUUUAACCAACAUUCUCGUGUCGUUUUCUGAACACACAAUUUGGCAGUUUCUGAAACUAAUUAGAAAAGACGCACUUCCAUGCUUUUUUUAAGAAUUAUUUUUAACUGUUUUAUAUUCACUGUUGGUGUCCUGUCUACAGCAUUUUUUAUAAGCUUGGAAACUGGGUGUUAUGUGUAGGAAAGGCUUGCCAAUCUGUACAGUCUAAAUGUAUUGUGUGACAGGCAACCUAAGGACUUGUACCAGCAUUUUAAACUUUUUUCCCCUGGGAAUCUAGGUUGCACACACAACUGCAUUCAACAGCAUGUUUAACCAAUGUAAGUCUCAUAUACUGAUUCUGUCCCAGCCUAGAAAUUAGGGGUUUUUAAUCUGCUUGGCUUUUUUCAGCUGCAACGUGUAAUAAAGAACAGGGGCUUGGUUUCACCGAAUACUCUUGGAAUGCACGAACACAGUACGUUAAGGCUAGGUUCCUCUGAGUGUUAACCUGAGUUAGCGCAGAUUAAAAGCUUAUUCCUAAACUGAGUAGAGCCAACACCACUACUUUGAUAACGGAAGUUUGAGAAGUCCAACGAUUGCACUGUGGUCUCUGAUACUCGUGUGGGGUUUGCUGCUAAGUUGUCUGCUGUUCCAAAGCUUAGGAACCAGCCCCCUCAAAAUUUCAGCAAUAUGAAAUGCUGUUUCCUUCAGUCUUUAAGCUUGUAAAUAAAUUAAAGUUUACAUUUCUAAAUGCUGGGGUUUUUUUCAGUUGUACCAGCGUACACUGAACUUAGUCUUCAAACAGUUUUAUAACCUUCUUUCAAGUAGUCCGUCUCAUUAAAUUAAGUUUAAACUUUUUUCAUUUCUGUUGUAAACGGGACUGAAGCGAGCUCUGCUGCUGGCACGUACUGUGUACAGGUUUAGAUUGAAAAAAAAAAAAUUCUUUUUAGUUUUUUUAAUUUUUUUUUAAAGAAUACCUCACUUGUGUAAUAAAAUCAGGACAUGUGGGUGGGAGACUGACCGCUGCUUCAGCUAGAUGGCUGCUUUUCUCAGUACUCGUUCAGGGAGAAUAGAAAAAACCCCUUUUUAGAAUGAACUCUGACUGACCCAACACGCAUGGAGAACUUUGGCACCUUGAAAAGAUACUGAGCACCCUUUUUAGGUUAUAGCGAUCAAAGAUCGCUAUUUUGAGUUUGUGCACUAGGCAAGAAUGUGACUGGUUUAAUCAAGGGUGCAUAAGAAAUACUUAAUUUUAUCACCAGUUAGUUGUCCAGUGCCAAGCACGCCUAGUUCAGAUUGAGUGAAGCGAGAGCCUCUCCUUUGUUUGCCUGUGACUGGACUGAAUAUUUAACCUCAGACCGCGGGGAUUGUUAGACCUCGGCUAGCCCUGGGCCGCCGGGCCAGAACCUUAACUCAAUCUUGUGUUAAAACACCGCUAAGGGCGCAGUGCUGCCGCUUUGGGGGAAGAGCACUGGAGUUCAGGACCGUUGCGUGGCGGUAACGGUAAGAUCGAAGUUUCGGCAAUGCUGUCCUACACAGGUCUGAGUCCAAGUCUGGAAGUCGGGCUUGACGAUCUGGAUUAACCCCUUGGGCCUGACUGAAUCGUUAUGCAUGUGUCAAUCAAUGGGAAGAUGUGCAUUCUGUAGAUGUAGUUCUUAGGGUGGUUUUGGUUUUUUUUUCUUUUUAUAAAUAAAGCCUGUUGGCCACUGUUUAGCUAUGUGGUGUGAAAGAUUUUAAAUGUAGCAAAGUUUAAAGAGUUGGGGA